AUGCCCAGACAUGGGGCAGGUGCCAUGCAGAUGGGUGACGCCAUCAGAUCACAGAGGCGGGCAUGGGGAGAGGGUCGCUGCCACCCGGAGGCCUGGGCUUGGCCAGCAUUGGCCUUGUUAGCAGAUCAUGCAGCAUUUUUCAGGAAAAUUACGAAAUUAAUAUUGAGUGAAAUAGCACAAGCUGGUUUACUAAAUGAUUUUGUUGAAUCUAACCUUUUUUGUGACUGA